AUGACUGAUAUACAAAUACAAAAUCAAAAUAAUAAUUUGGGUACUAAUAAAAAAGAAUUUGACCAUAGAUUUGAUGAUAAACCGUUAAGAAUCUUAUGUGUAAAAAACAUACCAAAAGAGACAACCGAAAAUGAAUUAUUAGAAUUGUUUAAACCCUUUGGUUCCAUAGAAAAUAUAAAUCUUAAAGUCAAUAAAAAUGUUGGACCAUAUGCUAUAUAUGCACAUGUUUAUUUUAGUACUCCGGAGGAGGCUAAAAGAUGUUUAAAGCAAAUGAAUGGGAAAAUUUUAAAUGGUCGAGCUUUAAGAAUUGAUUACAAAAAAAAUAAUACAAAAUUAGGUGAUGGAGAAGAAGAUAAUAAUAAUAAUUAUAAUAAUAAUAAUAUGGGAAACAAUAACCCGAAUAACAAUAAUAAAUUUCAUAAAAAGACGAAUCGAACAAACCAAUUUUAUAAUAAUCAGCUCUACAAUAAUCGUUAUGUUAAUAAUAAUAAUAAGCGCCCUAUCCGAAAUGGGUUUACAACAGGAGAUGGGCUGAUCAACCAACAUGACGCAGACAUAAACUAUUCCAGAGAAUACGAACCAAACAAAAGAAUGCGUAUGGGAAAUUUCAAUGAUAACCCAAAUUUAAACAACAUAAAUAAUGAUGCAGAAUUAAAUAAACUAUUAAGAGAAUAUGAAAAUAAAAAAGACUCAAAUAAUAAUGAAGUUGAAAAUAUUAUCCAAACAUUGAUUAAUGGUAUAACACAUAAAACGCCAAGAGUCAAAUUAUUUUUGUGUGACCAUUUGAGAAAAUGUGUUCAGCAUGUUUUUAACAGGCCUUGUAUAAAUAUACCAAAUAAUAAUAACAUAGCAAAUAAUAAUAACAUAACAAAUAAUAAUAACAUAACCAACUUAAAUAACAACCCUAUGUCGAAUUUGCAAAAUUAUAAAAAUAUCAACGAAUUUGAAAAAAAAAAAAUAUACAACAAUAAUAAUACCAUUUUGUGGAAAGGAAUUCUUGAAAUGAAAAACAAAGACAGCUUAAACAUUAAUGCAUAUGGAUUAAAUGGUGAUGUAAAUAAUUUCUUAAAUAAUAAUAUAAAAAAUAUAACAAUUAGCCAUAGAAAAAAAAUGAAAAAUUUACCAAAAAUUGAAGCCAUUUAUUAUUUUGAAAUACAAAAUGAAAAAGAUAUAAAUAUUUUUGAAUCAUAUAAAAAUUAUUUUAAUAAUAAAGAUAGAGUUGGUUUAGCAUCAGCAAAUGAAAAUUGGCAUUUUUAUAUUAUAUUCCCUGGAACACCAAUAUUUAAUGAAAUUAUAAAUGCGAAUAAUAAUAUUCAAAUCAGUUUUAAUAACACGUUUAUAGGUGUUGUAUCAUAUAAUCCUCAAAUAUUAGAAAUGAAUAUCCCAAGAAAAUUAAAUCCCUCUCAAGAUGAUGCACCAAUUAUUAACAUGCCUCCCACUAGCAAUAAUAGCAUUUACAACAAUAACAAUUAUAACAAUAACAAUAACAAUUAUAACAAUAACAAUUUGGCAAGCAACCUUAACAAUAUUGAAGAGCAUAAAAAAAGUGAGUCCGAAAUAAAUACUAAUGAUCAAACUGAAAACGAUGAUAAUAAAAAUGAGUUACCAAAUUGGCUGAAUCAAUUUAGCUCUCUAGCAGCAUAUCUUGUCAAAAAAUAA